UUAGCCGAUUACGACCACGUGGUCCCAUUCUUUGAUCCCUCGCUCAUGAUUACCCUAGGUCUAAUUCGCACCGACCCGCAGAUGACCCUGAUUGUGGUACUGCCUGGCGAGAAGAUACCGCUCGAUCCCAGCUUGACGGCAGCCAUGCUGGACAUAUCCGAACAGAUGCGUUUUGUCAAACAACUGGCCAAUCUCAAACCCGGCGCCAAACUAAUAAAAACUACGAUGUGAAGGAAUGGCCAGAAGAAUAAUUAGAAUGGCCCACAAGGUCAAACCGGCGAAAGAAUGAUCGAUCGACAAAGGGUGGACAGGGAUAUAGUGUGUGGCGGUAUUCCAUACCCUUUCGUGGACUUCCUGGCCGCUACGAAGAAAGUCAUGCCCAACAACUCCUGAAGGAAAAUUCGUUGCCUCUAGUUCUCAUCUCACCCUAUUCAGGAAUUAUUUGCAACUAAUUGCAACGAGUAACGUCAUGACAUUUUUUGGCAAGUAAUGAUUGGUUAACUAAUUAUUCUUUUUGUCCAAAGAAAUUGUAAGUGUAAUCUGUUCCUUUUAUUGAGGAACGAGGAACGACUGACGCCCUGCCACCCAGCCACAUGUUUGGGUUGUGUGGAGGUGUUUGUGGUUUCUGUGCUGCUUGGUUGUUUUUGGGUUUCAAAAUUUGGAUUGGUGUGCCAACAUGAAAGUUGGUGUCCUCGAAUUCGUUGUUUAUGGGCUCGCGUUUUCUUUUGUAGCUUCUAAACUAUGCAUGUACCAGGUCAUUUUUCGGGGUGCUAAUCAAAACCUUUGGUGUGGCCUGGUCUUUUUGUCUGUUGUCUCUGCUUUAGUUAGUUGGGCCUUUUGUUUUUUCUAGGUGAAAAGAAAAGGCGAUAAUCCGGCCGCGAUCUGGUUCCUCUGAGGACCCUCAUGUUUUGAAGCAGUGUAUAAGUUCGAAACAAACGUAUCAAUAUGUGAAAGGCAACCAUGGCCAAUGUCUAAUUAGUUAGCCUAAUCAUUCCUUGAUCACACUGAAUGGAAGUAAAUGCCCAGUACGUUCGAAGCGAUGCCAAAUUUGUAAUUUUAAACGAGCCACUUUUCAAGAAAUCGCCAUUUUGUCACCCCACAUGAGGCUGGCUGGAUAUGGACUAGGUUGGACAGUUGUUCGUUCUUUUGUUGCGUGAAAGCAGCCCAGAUGGCCGAUUAUUCGUGGAUGCACAGGUCUGUCUGUCUGUCUGUCUGUCUGUAGGCACAUGGUGGAGUCUCUAUCCCGGUUUCGACGAUAUUGACACCGAGGGUGCUUCCCAACUCUUCGUGGCCUUCGUGGCCUUUUUGUUUCCCUUAGUGGGCUUUGUUGCCUUUGGGUGUCUGUCUUGUGCUCGUAGCCUGCUGAGGUCAACGUUGUUCCCUGGUUCCCUUGAUUGCCUGGAUGGAGUGAGUGCACUCUGCCUUCCAGGUACAAUACUGUGGUAUACUACCACUAGACUCGGACAGACUCGGACUCUUCUGGAUCCGAAAAGCAGAAAUGCGAUGGCUCUUAAAAUCAAUGCCAUGUUUGUGGGCAUGACUGCGGUGAUCCUGGGAGGUCAUGGAGCCUGGCUAUGGGUUCAGCAACGAAAAGACAUCGUGGGCGAGCAUGGCGGCAAAGAAUUUCCGCUCAUAACCAUUGCCAGAAUAGCGACCACUGGUGACGCUAAGCCCAAGGAUCAAAAUUGAGACCAAUUCAGUUUUACCCCUCAAGCCUCAAUUUAGUUAAGACUUCAUGUUCGCCGAUCCAGCCAUUCAUCCCUUCGAUCCGCUUACAAAUUUGGUGAUGACGAUUGAAUGAUUGACGAUAUGAGAGUAGGCAUUAUGGAUGUUAAUCCGUUUUGUAAUGAAUACAAUCUGAGAGACUUUAGAAACCAUUUCCUCAGUUCAUUAGGCCCACGGGCCAGCCUCAAGGUGUAUGUGUCUGCUCUGGGACGCCUGACGGUUUCUAGCAGAUCCGUCCGGAUGUUGCAAUCCCUUGAAAUCAGUGACCCGUGCGUAGAGACCAUCAUGGCAACUGUGCGAGGAUUUCUAAAUCGCUUUGACAAUCUAGGCACUCAGAUGUGCGUCUUCAUGAGCGAGUUCAUUCUCAUAGCCUCGAAAAUUGAUCCCCUAACCUUGUCUCCAUUAACCCGACAACUUCAUCAGAUUUUAAACGAGUGUUUGAUGGCCUACCGAGUGAAUCUGAACGUGGCUAGACUACCAGAUAUGAUGAAUGUGGUUCAAACUACGCUCAAGGCAAAGGGCAUGUUCCCUCAGGACAGAAUCCCUGGAAUAAGUUUGCAAAUUUUGAAGGCCUUCUUGUGCACGGUCCCCGUUGUUGACGGAGUGAGUCAAGAUUCCUCUGAUCAAUCCCAAUCGGAUUUGUGGAGGCGUCGGAUCCUGGUGAAGUCGGUUCACGCUCAUACGGAUGAAACCCAUUUGGAAAUAGGUCGUUAUUUGCAUGCAUUUCCAGAAAGACAAGACGUGACCAAUUGGAAAGCAUUGCAAAAUUGCAAGAUUCUACUUUUGAAUAUGCAAUUAAAUCUCACAGAUUUAAGAGACAAUAGCGAAUUCGCUGAAAUCAAGCAUGAAUGGGAUCACGAUGGGGAGAUAUUCCGUGGAAUCCUCACCACCAAAAUGAAGGAACUCGCAGUUAUGUGUGUAAAGAAUGGCAUCAAGAUUGUAGCCAAUCAAAAGGUCGUAUCCAAGGCCAUUCAAGAGGUCUUUGCUCAGAACCAGAUUAUCGUAUUGGAACGCUUGGGAACAGAAGGCAUGAAUGCCGUGCAACUCAUUACCCAAGUGUCUAAUGCCCUGGGAUCCAUCUUCAUCCAGCCAGAAGAGCUCUUGGGAGCCACAGGUUGGAUUGGAUCGCUUGCCCACGUCCGGCUGUGGAGGAAGGACUACUUGGCGUUCCAAGGGAGAUCUGUGGACUCGACUCAAUUCUCAACAUUGAUCCUCCAACAUUGGAACAAGGAAUCCUUGGAAGACCUCAAGGUCGGAUGUGAGCAAGCCUUGUCAAGUCUUCGUUUGAUGCUCAGCCAUCCGUUUGGUUUACCUGGUGGUGGGUGCUUCGAAGCAAACGUGAUAAUCCGUUUGCAUUCAGAGUUGGCCCUUACUCGAGAAGAUUCGGUAGCAACACAUUUCCUGUUGGGCUUUUGUGAGAGUUUUAUGAGAAUUUGCUCUGCCCUCUCCAAAAAGAGCUUGGAUGAACUUUGGGUUCAUCCUAAGAUGGGUCACUUGUGGUUGGGCCCCAAAGAGCAACACUGUGUCUGCUUUCAAAUGAAGAACGCAACCAACGACCCUGAUUGUAUUCCGCUAAUUGCAUACAAAUCAGAUCACUCAAGCUGGAACAAAGGCGAACCUUCCACUCCCAUUCCGUGCAUAAGGACUCUCUUCAAAGCUGAUUCAUGUGAUGCGACGGCCAGAGAUCCUACAGAGGAAAUCAGUGUUCGCAGAAGUGCUCUCCCUCAAUUAAUCGAUACUUGGUUGGACAAGAAACUCAUGUUGAACACUAGUUUGGAAGUUGCCGAGAACUUGGCGUCGAUUGGAUUAGUGAUUCAAACUUAAGGUGGUUUCUUGGGUGCACAGUAUGUAAUUGAUAUUAUGUACAGUAUUUAGCGGCCUCAUUUCUAUGACUACCCUGCUCUUCCUUGGCGUCAAAGUCUGACAUUUAACGAAAAGUCCAGAAUGAGAUCGCCAUAAUAUCAGACUAAGUUUGACCAAAAGAAAAAAAUGAUCGUUAUUUGUUCACCUUCCUGCCAAAGGUUAGUAGCUUUCAUACAGGAUGUGAAUAUGGGCCAAAACUGCGUAUGUCAAGUGUUGGAGUCCGUUUGGAAACCAUAAUCUGACGAGAGAAAAAAGCUGAAAGAAAACAGCUUCACUUGCAACUUGAAAAUAAACGACCUGCUCUGCCUCGAGCUUAAUUUGCUGGGCUCAGUCUUUUCAUAUUAACUUGCCUAAUUUUGUACGAAUAGCUUACUGCACAUUUCAAUACCAUGAACAACAUCAUCUCCUAUUUUGUGCAUCGUUCUUUUCAAACAAAACCAGUACGUUUUGCGUGUAUCACAUAAGAAGUCAUGAAUCUCUUUCUUGUCAUCUUCUAAGGUAAAAAAAAACUAGCGUUCGGCACUACGUCAUUUUACCAAAGAGUAGGACUUCUUUACCAUCUGAGGUCAGUUUUUUUUUAAAGCUCGUACCUCCGAGUUAAGGGUUUGGACGUUAACCGGUAUGAAACUACACUCCUGGUGAAAAAUGGUGAGCACAAAAACAUUCUGGGUAACGUCCAAGCCUUAACUCAGAGAUACGAGCGUUUAAAAACUUCGCCUCUGGUCGUUAUUGCGGCUGGAGCUGAACGAUGUUGCUCCCCUUUUCGGUUCAGUUGAUGAACGAUUUUCUACAUCCAUUAAAAGUAAAACUAGUAAAAAAAGUAAAUAGAUAGUCCUUCGUUUAUGAUUGUGUUGCAUUUUAUCUAGUUGCGUGCUAAGAACUGAGUCCUGCGAAUUUUUAAGAGCUACAAAAUGCAAAAGACAUGUCUCUGUUUCAAAACUUCAAUGAUACCUCGUCAUUUGUUUUUUGUG